AUGUACCUUCCGCGAAACCUCAUAGCCCACCUAUACCAGAACCUCAUAAAACGCACACAUGCCGCCGCCCCGCCCGUUUUACUCCUUGUCGCCCUCGAACCAGACGCGCUUUGUGCCUGCCGAAUCCUUACCGCGUUAUUGAAGCGCGACUACAUACAACAUAAGAUCCAACCGAUAGCUGGAUAUGGCGAUCUAUCACGAGCGGCAGAAGAGCUGGUUCGGCCGAUGCGGACAACAGACGGUGGAAGUGGAGGCGUUGUCAUAUGUUUGGGCGUCGGAGGCAUGGUGGACAUGGAAGAGAUACUAGGCCUGGACGUGGAUGAGGAUGGCGAGGGCGGCACUGGCGAUGUCGAGGUCUGGCUUUUGGACGCGAGACGGCCGUGGAAUCUUACCAAUGUUUUCGCCGCCCCCAUAAGUCAGGACCCCGCAACGGGAGAGUUCGUGCGGAGACAAGCGGGGGUGGACAAGGGCAAGAUCACGCAGUCAUACCAGUCGUCAAGAGGUGGAAUCAUAGUUUUUGACGACGGUGACAUCGACGAAGAGCUACAGGCAGAGCGUGAAGCAUACGCUGGGCUUGAGGAGAUGCCAGAGGUGGGGGAAGAAGACGACAUCAGCGACGACUCGGACGAUCCAGAUGAUGAGGAGCCGCCCUCUGGACAAGCACCCAAGAAGAGGAAGUCGUGGGGCGAGGAAGAUGACUCUGAGGAUGAUAUGACAGAUGAUGAGCGGCCAGCACAAAGACGGAGGAGUAAUUCGGGAGGCUCAAUACCAUCGUCACCCGAACCGAGACGGCGAAGAGGCCUGCUAGCAGCGCAACAACUAGGCGGCUCCUCCGACUUCUCCCGUUCAGACUCCCGCAGCCGCUCCGCAUCCCCAUCAGUAGCCGCACCAAAAGAGAAGUCGUUGAAGAGCCUCCGAAGGCAGCUGAUCAAGAAGCGGAACAAGUACGCAUCUACACUCGACAAAUACUACGGACUCGGUACCUCCUACUCAGACCCCGUCUCUUCCCUCGUAUACAACCUAGCAUCGGAACUCGGCCGCGAAGAUAACGACCUCCUAUGGAAUGCCAUCGUUGGUGUCAGCAGUUUGGAACUAUACGGGCGGACAGGGAGCGGUGUUGGCCUAAACCCCCUCUCAGCACAAGGUGGUUCAGCAGGCUGGAAUGGCAAUCGCGGAGAGAACAUACGCUCUGUCCUACGAGACGAAGUACGUCGACUCAACCCUGUCACAGACGCCUCCAGUGUAUCCCGCAAUGCAACGAUGGGCGAAGUAUGGGGUGUCAUCCCAACAAGCGCUCUCUCAGCAACCGACAAGUCAAUCCGCCUCUCCCCCGAGCCGCGUUUCCUUCUCCUUCGGCACUGGUCUCUCUACGAAAGUAUGCUCCACUCGCCCUACCUCUCCGCCAAACUACACAUCUGGAGUGAUGCAGGGCAAAAACGACUCGCCAAACUCCUUGCCAAGAUGGGUGUUUCACUCACUGAGUGCAAGCAAAGAUACACGCACAUGGAUAUGGAGCUCAAGCGCGGUCUCCGAGAACGCCUCCUCAAGUUCGCACCACAAUACGGUCUCGAUGGCCUCGUACCACCAAAGUCAGGUACAGGAGACCCCAAAGACGGCUGGGGUUUCGUACGCUGCUGGGGCUGGAAAGCAUGUCUCUCAGCCAUCGACGCCGGCGUAAUCCUAGGCGCCAUCCUCGAAGUCGGCGACGCAAAGAACCUGAACCAAUCCGCCCUCGACAGUUCCAACUUCGUCGGAGCCAACGACCACACCGAGAUGCCCUCCUCCACGCAAGAACAACAAGACCUCGCCCAAGAACAUAUCACCAGCCGCUUCUGGACCGCCUACGAUGCCCUCGGCGACAUCGACCGCCUAGUCGAGCACAUCAGCACAGCCCAACACCUCCACCGCGCCAUCCUCCGCACCGGAACCGCCCUAAUCGAGAAGAAACAGAUCCGCCACCUGCGCGCCUUCCGCAUGGCCGUCGUAAAAGAAGGCCCCGACGUCCAACUCUUCACCCACCCGGGCGCCCUCACCAAACUCGCCCUCUGGAUCGCCGAAGCCAUCGUCGAACUCAACGGCACAAAGGGUAAAAAUAAAGGCAGCGAGCUCGUCAUGGCAGGCCUCGAUGACUCCCGCGGCCUCUACGUCGUCGUCGGCCUUGGCGGCGGCGGCGCAACUGAAUCUGCUAAAUCACGCCUUCAGAAACGCGAAGCGAAACUCAAAGCUAAAGAAGCGCGACAGGCGCAGAAGGCUGAAGCGAGAGAGUCCCGCCGUAAAGCGCGUGUGGCGCGGAAUCUAGCUGCUGGGCUUGAAGAAGAUGAAGUUGCCGAUGACUCGGAGUCUGAAGCCGAAGAAUCUGAUUCCUCGGAUAACGACUCUGAGGAUUCUGAAGAUGAAGAUGAGGAGAGAGGGUCCGGCAGGAAUCGAUUCGGCAACGCGUUUCAAGAGGUUGUUAGGGAGACGGGAGCACGAGUAAGAAUGGACAGUUUCGAGGCGUGUGUGAUUGAGAUUAAAAAGGAGGAUCUCAGUGGGUUUUUGGAGAAACUGAGUCAGAAGGCUGUUGUUGGGUAG